UUCAAUUCCCCGUCGAUUGACCGGCUCGCUCGCCAAUAAACAGACUAGCCUGACGAACAAUGGCUCAGCAAGAUCCAGAGUCAGGCUCUCGCACGCCGAUCCUCCUCCUCAAAACCCGCUCCACCCCGCACGACGGCUACGACGACUUCUUCACCACCCACAACUACAACCCCGCCUUCAUCCCCGUCCUCGAGCACAAGUUCCAAACACCGAACCUGCAGCAUGUCCGCGACCUGUUGGUAUCCGGGGGUCUGAGUCCGGGCCACCCAGACCAGAAAUAUGGGGGGAUUAUCUUCACGAGCCAGCGCGCGGUGGAGGGUUUUGGGAAAGUUCUCGAGGAGAUCUCUGAAAUAGGAUCCUCAACACCCACCACCACUAUCUCCGACCUACCUACCCUCUCCUUCCCUCUCUACACCGUCGGCCCCGCCACCCACCGCGCCCUUACCAACCUCACAACCACCUACCUCCCCUCCGCAACAGUCCACGGCCAAGACACCGGGACCGGCGAGGUAUUAGCCCAGUAUAUGUUGGAGCAUUAUCCUGCAUACACUUAUCGUGCCACUUACCCUACUACUACUACUACUACUACUACUACUACUACUACUACUACUACUACUACUACUACUACUACUACUACUACUACUACUACCACCACGACUGCUACAGACGGCGCCAGUCCCACCACGCAACAAACCACAAAGCACAAACCCCUCCUCUUCCUCGUCGGCGAGCAACGGCGCGAUAUCAUUCCCAAAACACUCAUGGAUCCCGACUUGUCGCCCGAGGCGCGGAUUCAGGUGGAUGAGUUGGUAGUCUACGAGACCGGGGUGAUGGCGGGGUUUGAAGAGGCUUUUGCGCAGAGGAUUCGGGAGGAGCAGGAGGGGAAGCAGCAGGGGGUGGGAGUUGAGGAGCAACAACAAAAUCAAGUGGUGUGGACGGUGGUGUUUUCACCCACGGGCUGUGAGGCAAUGGUGCGGGUGCUGGAGAAGGUGAAUGAUUCGUCCGUAGCAUCUGCUGCUCGCGGUGGUGGGCCAACCAAGAAGAAGUUCUUUGUGGCGACUAUUGGGCCGACAACGAGAGACUAUCUCAAGAAUCGGAUUGGGUUUGAGCCCGAUGUUUGUGCGGAGAAGCCGAGCCCCGAGGGGGUGGGGAAGGGGAUCGAGAAAUUUAUGGAGGAGUACAGGGCGGGAAAGCGAUAGUAGCAUCAUCGGCAGUAUGUAUAUAAGAAGUAUGGUGGGUGGGAAAGGCC